AUGUGUGUUAAGCUUGUAAAAGGAAACCAUGUGAAAAAGCAUGAGCAGAGGUCCACAGUAACUCAGCAUGCUGUGCUGGUUUUGCUGGUAAGGGAAAAAUUAAGAGUACCGUUGAUUACUUUAGGAUACGAAAGUGGGUACGAUGUGUUUGUCAAGGCUCAUGGUGGUGGCCUUUCUGGUCAGGUGCAGGCGAUAUCCCUUGGCAUUGCUCGAGCUUUGCUAAGGGUCAGCGAAGGCCAUAGAAGACCUUUCAGAAAGGAAGCGCUGCUGACCAGAGACACCAGAGUAGUUGAAAGGAAGAAGCCUAUGUUGAAUUGUUUUCAUUUGGAAAUGUGA